AUGGCAGGGCAAUGGGAGCCGGGACGGGUCAAGUCCCACCUGCGGUACACGGCACAGAGGCUAGGGCAGCUCCAGGACCGGAUGGACUCCCAGGGCCGGCUCACGCAGCGGGACAUCGCGAUCCUGCUCUCGCAGGGCAGUGUCGCCCUCGCGCGCGCCAAGGCGCAGAAGCUCAUCCGGCAGGACGUCAAGAGUGAUCUCAUGCAGACCCUGGAGAUGCACGUUGGCGUCAUCCUCGGGCACAUGCACGAGCUCGAGCGGCGGGAUGCCCCGAGCCCGAUUGUCGCGGAGGCCGCCUCAAGCAUCAUCUACGCCGCCCCCCACGUCGAGUCGAAAGACCUCCAGCACGUCCGGGAGUUCCUUGUCUUCGCGUUGGGCCCGGAUUUUGCGCGAUCCGCAGUAGAGAAUGAGGACAGUCACGUUUCUUCGCGGGUCCUCCGAGCGGUCGCUGCGCCUCCACCCACCGCGGCGGCGCUCGACCAGUACCUCUACCAGAUCGCGAGGGCGAACAACGUGCAGUGGUACCCCGACUUGUCGCCCCAGCAAAAGGUGAACGCCAUCUCUCCCAUUGUGGACCCAGAGAUCGUUUCCGUGGUGAACGUAGAGAACCUACGCAAUCUCUGCGCUCACGGUCUUCCUUCACAUCCUCCGUGGUUGCGUCCGCGAGUCUGGAAGCUUUUCCUCGGCACCUUACCUCUCGACAAAUCGACAUGGCGGAAGGAAGCCGGCACACAACGGGACAAUUAUUACGAUCUAGUUCGGAGAUUGCUGGAGCCGCUCUCUUCUCUGCCUGCGCCCACAGUCCCUCUGUCGCCGACUGACCAAUCUAUCUUGGACGUCUUCAAUGAACUGUCCAUGGUGCCACCUGGCCUUCUUGUCACGUUGGAAGAAGAGCCCGAGCCAUGUGCCGAAUGUCCGCUGGACGAGUCUGCCUCAGCAGACGUCAAGAUUGCCGCUGCUGGUAACUUGGAAGCCCGGCUCAAGAUCCUUCGAAGCCAGGACGCAGGAGAGGACACCAACGACGACUCGAACGAGAUGCCUGAGAUCCGGCUAGACUCGACCCCCGAGAUUCGUUUGGAUGCCACUCCAGAAGUGCGCCUCGAAGAGGCUUCCCCAGUUGAGCGCAAAAAGGCGCAGAUGUCCCUCGAAGUGCCCGACUCCCCUUCAUCUAGUCGCUCCGCCCUCUCCACCACCCUCCUGCCGUCGAGGCCAUAUAACUCGUUUAGUGCCCACAACACACACACCUCGGCUCUGCUCCGACUCUUGUAUAUCCACGCUUGCUUGAACCCUGCUAAUCGCUCUCCUCAAAUUGGUUCCCUUCUUGUCCCGAUCUAUGCUGCUCUGGUGGAGGAGGUUGAUCCGAACGAAAUCCCACAUAUCGAAGCCGACACAUUUUGGCUGUUCGAGGCGAUGGUGGGCGAGUUUUCGGAGCUCGAAGACGAACAGAACGGCACCGUGUGGGUGAAAAGGUUCAGCGAACGGCUCCAAUGGGCCGACCCCGAGCUGUGGGAUGACAUGUCUAUCAAAGGACUCGAUCCCGGUCUUCCGCAUUACUCCUUCCGUUGGCUCAUUCCUUUACUCACUCAUACACUACCGCUGCCUGCGGUUCUCAUGAUCUGGGAUGCACUCUUCGCUCAGCCUAUGCGGGAACGAGAGUCGCUUCCGAAGCUUGAAUAUCUCCUGGACGUCUGUACGAGUAUGUUGAUCUGUGCUCGAGGCACACUGCUGCAGCUGGGCCGAUCACAUCGCAAAACGCACAACCUUUGGUCCGAUGAGAUUGCCGCCAUUCCCUCCGAUGCCUUCGGGGAACGCGAGCUCGAGGAGGCCUUCAUCGAAGGCAUGUCGUACCUCCAGCGCUAUCCGUUAAGCUCCAUCGGUGGUAUCGAGAAGGUGCUUCAAACCGCCUACGAUCUCACGCAGCAGCGCCAGGCAGCCAUUGCGGCACCCAGGUCCAAUGGUGCGGCCGCCGGGUUGGGCGCACGACUUCGUGACACGAUGUGGAAGACUUGGUCUUCCAACCUGGACUCUCAUCCAGAGGAGACCGACGAAAGCGAGAUGGAGGAAAGCGAGGAUGAAAGACCAGAACCGACGACGGCUUCCCCACCGAAUUCCGGCGCGCAGUCAACGUUCACAUCACGCCUAGCAAACACCGUGUGGCGAGGUGUAACGAACCGGAGCGCGAUGGAUGUCCCUUCUCCGCAACCGACCCCCACUGCGUCGCCUGCGCCUUCUGUGCCACCUUCACCGUCACCUUCUUCAACUUCUACACCCGCUGUUCCUCCACGGGAAGCGGUGGCUAACGCAGCCGCCCGUGGUACUUCGAUGAUUUUCGGCUACGCGGAGAAGUUCCAGAACUCGGACGCUGCAGCCACCUUGGCCAAGGUCAGCACCAACUGGAGAGUGAAGGCUUUCGACGCGUGGAGCAACCGAGGGACGGCUCCUACCAGCGACGCUCCGCCUGCUUCAUCUUCUCAGUCGACAGCCUCCGUGGGUUACACAGAUCACAGCAGGAGCAUCUCGCUCACCACAAUACAGACCUCAUUCAGGGCCUCGGACGAGAAACGGGGCUCUUUGCCCGUCAUGGACAAGACGUACACCCCGCCUGCUAAGCCAGCCUUCUUUCGACCAGUGCGGGAUAGCAUCAUGAUCCCCUCGCCCAUCAGCCGCAGUGGGGAGCCGUCACCGGUGUCGGACUCUGGGUUUGGGCACCGGGCGUCGUUGUCCUCGGCGUUCAUGCCCCCCGAUGGCAUCCCUCCUCGUUCUCACUCCGGCCCCCGCCCACUGCUGCUCAACUCCACCUCUCUCUUGACGAGCUCCCCUGCGCGGUCACCCAUUUCGCCUUCUAUGGACUCGAAGUGGGCCGAAAGCGUACGCUCGCAGUCAGUCAAUGUGGGGAACCGGCAGUCCAUGUCGUCGGUCUCGUCUCUAUCGCCCUCGGAGUUCACGCCGAGGAAGAGAGACACUCGAUCGGACUGGGAGUCGGACGGUGGGAGCAGGAUCGUUCCCAUCAACCGGAACAAGUCUCCAUCGCCCAUGGCUCCUUCGAGACGCGCCGGCUCCCGAAGCUCGAUGAGCCCGCCCACUCCACCCAAGCCGUCCAAGAGUUUGCCCGCAUACGAGUCCGCGCCCGAAGACAACUCCCACGUUGCCCAAGGGAGUCCGGACUCGCCCGGUACCAACCCGUCCCCACCGCCUCCUGGCACGCCCGAGGCCGACGGAACGACGACGGAAGUCCGCGUCAAGCAGCCCGAGUCGCAGCGCCAACGCGGCUCCGUCGUGCUCAACGAGAGCGAGCCGACGUACGCCGCCCUGCCCGCGCACGAGGGCAAGCUCCUCGCACGUCGAACCGCGACGCUUUCGCGCACGCAGCGCGAAGGCGAGGCGUCCGAUUCAUCCGCGACGGAGCCCUCCGCGCGGGCGAACCUCCGCCGGAAGCGCUUCCCGCCGCGCCUGCAGUCCAUGCGCAACUCCCGGAGCAACCCCGGGCCCGUCCCGCCGCUGCCCGGCCAGCCUGCGGUGGGGAGCAGCCUCGAUGUCCCUGCGCUUGACGAGGGCGAGAGCGAGACGGGGACGGUGGCGACGACGCCGCGCGCACAGACGUUCGACGAGACCGUGGGCGCGCCGCCUGCAAUGCCGCCGUCCCCGCGGAGCCGGCGGCGCAAGGUGUCCGCGGGCGAGGGCCGCGAGGGCGAAGUUUUCGCGCGGACCCGCAAAGUCUCGACGGAGGGUCGGUCGCGCAAGAUCUCGAGCGAGGGUAGGCAGCGGAAGGUGUCUGCAGAGCGGGAGCCGAAGAAACGGGAGAGCGCGGCGGUCGAAGGCGACGACGAGGGCUACAGCGAGCUGCUGAGCGCGUACGAGAGCGAGGACACGUGA